GGAUUGUCGCUCUCUUCGCCAACGACCGCAUCCUCGAGCGCACCCAUGUCUAAACGAAUCCGCAUCUUCACCGAGGAGGACCUCGCUCAGCAUUGUUCGCCGUCGAGCUGCUGGGUCUCGCGCAACGGCAAGGUCUAUGACGUUACUUCAUUUAUACUUGACCAUCCAGGGGGUGACGAUCUUAUUUUGAACUAUGCGGGAAAGGAUGUGGGUGCGGUCAUGAAGGACCCUGAGGAGCAUGAGCACUCAGAUUCCGCUUAUGACAUGUUGGAUGAGUACAUUAUCGGGAGGGUUGGUGCUGGAGAAAACAUUGUUUCGGACGACUGGGUUCCAGCGGAGGACUUUCAUCCAGAAGAGACUGAUACCUCGAAGGACUUCGAGAGGAAUCAAUUCCUGGAUUUGCGCAAACCUGUGCUUAGACAGGUUUGGCAAGCCAACUUCAGCAAAUCGUAUUAUUUGCAACAAGUUCACCAGCCCCGCCAUCUGUCCGAGUCAGCACGUAUGUUCGGACCAGCGUACCUGGAGGUAUUCACCCGGACUCAGUGGUAUGUCGUGCCGAGCAUUUGGUUGCCCAUCGCUUGUUACUUGUAUAUGCGCUCUCUUAUCCAAUUCACCUAUGGACCGUCAAGCGUACCUCCGUUCUUCGCUGACCCCAGCGCCCCUCUUCGUAUUAUUUUCUCGAUGUCUAUUCCCGCGGUCUCAUUUGCAAAGGCAACGGCGUGCUUCUUCCUGGGUAACGUCGUAUGGACCAUCCUGGAGUACACUCUCCAUCGAUUCCUCUUUCACAUCGAUUAUUACCUUCCGGAUCACCCGUGGGCGUUGACCCUGCAUUUCCUGUUGCAUGGGAUCCACCAUUAUCUGCCUAUGGAUAGGUUGAGGCUGGUCAUGCCUCCCUUACUAUUUACCACGUUGUCGUAUCCAUUCACGCAGUUGGCACACGCGAUAUUCCCCACUGCCGUGGCUAAUGGCACAAUUGCGGGAGCUUUCGCCUUCUACGUUCUUUAUGAUUGUAUGCAUUACGCUCUGCAUCACACCCGACUCCCGGCCUAUAUGCGUGAAAUGAAGAAAUACCAUCUCGCACAUCACUACAAGAACUUCGACCUCGGCUUCGGCGUCACCAGUAAGAUUUGGGACUACGUCUUUAACACCGUUCUCCCAGUUUGAAGUCCAAAUAUGCCAAAGCACUUUUCGGGCUUCUGUUUCUUGGAUCUCAUGAUGCGAGCGUAAUGCGUCGCGUCAUCUGGUUGUGGGCUUGUAUAAGCGGUAAAACGAUACCUUACAUACCUGGGCUUUAUAAUCAAUGGACCCUCCGAUGUUGUUUACUUACGUAGAUUGUGAUCAAUGUCACCUCUCCUCAUACACGAUCUCCGGCCGUUGGUUUCUUGCAAAGUCUGAUGUAUGAAUGUAUGAACGCUAAUUAUUUGCUACUUAGCGAAAAAUCACAGCACAGUGGCCUUCGAGAUGCACUCUUGGCUGAAGGUAGGACUAAGUCAUGGACGGUGCAACUGAGAUUAAGACGAAAAGCUGACGACGUCGGUGAUCGUUUAGCCUCCAUUUGCUAAA